GUGGGACCGGGUGAAGUAAGCAUAGCUCACGUCAUGACUCAAUUCAUCAUCAUCUCGGUCCAAAUCGCCCUCGUACUCGUCUUCACAUUCGCGGUCUUCGAUAUUCCGAACGAAGGUAGUUUAUUCCUCGUCAUACUCAUGAUGAUGUUACAAGGUUUAUGUGGAAUGGCUCUUGGUCUGCUCAUCUCGGCCUUCUGUGACUCGGAAUCCACAGCUAUUCAACUCGCCCUCGGAUCUUUCUAUCCCCUUCUCCUCCUCAGUGGUGUUGUGUGGCCGAUUGAAGCCAUGCCCGAACCCGUUUAUUACAUCGCACUAGCAUUGCCUCAGACUUUGGCUGCAGAAGGCAUACGAGCAAUACUUGGACGAGGUUGGGACAUGAGUUACUUUGAGGUCUGGAUCGGCUACCUAACCACAACGGCUUGGUGGCUAGUACUCCUCACCCUGGCAACCGUCGUACUCCGAGUCAGACGAUAAACCAGUCUAUCGGCAUCGAG